GGGCUGAGCUCUGCACCCUCUCUGUUUCUCUUUCUUCCUUCCUCCCAAAUUUGCUUUCUCUAUCAGUGGAACUCUCUCUUCACCACAACGCAAAGGCAGCUCCAGCGAGACCUGGGAAGAGUAAAUCCGAGCUUUCUUCUCUCUUUGUUGACAGAUUUGGGAGGGAAUCUCUCCACAAGCGACGAGCCCCAAAAACUUGAAGUGGAGAGAAUGAGUAGUUACCUAUUGACGGUGCUGACAAAGAAACAAGAGGUGGACACAAUCAUCAGAGACACCAUUGACAAGGUCCCUGUCCUCCGCUUUGGCCGUGCUUCUGAUCCUGUCUGCCUUCAACUUGACAACGUUCUUUCUAAAUCUGCUCGGGAGGUAUCCAAAUUUGCAAGUGUAGCACUUGUAGAUAUUGAUUCCAAUGAAAUUCAAGUUUAUGUCAAGUAUUUUGACAUUACUUUCAUACCUUCAACAGUUUUCUUUUUCAAUGCUCAUCACAUGAAAAUGGAUUUUGGUACUGCAGAUCACACUAAAUGGGUUGGUGCAUUUCACAAGAAGCAGGAUUUUGUUGAUGUUGUAGAGAGGGGCCAUGAAAGGCAAGCUGAUAGUGAGUUGCCCUCUGCCACCAGAGCGAAUACCAAAGUAUCAAUUGUUAUACAAGGAUGUAUAAAAGGUGAAUUAGCCUUACACUUGGCAAUCAGACAAUCAUAAGCUCAUUGCGUGUUGUCCUGUAAGGGUGGUUCACUUAAUUUUGUCAACUCAUAAUUGUCUUUUUUACUUCUUGCUCUGUUAGAAAAGGGCUAACAGCAGCACCAAAAACAGCUAACAAACCCUUCUGAGAGCAGAGCUCACAUUUGGCAGAUUGCCAAAAGAGAAUAGGUAACUGGAGUUACACUAAGACCCCAUUUAGCUAAGGCAUUGGCAGCUUUGUUGAAGAUGCGGUGAAUCCGACAGAAUACGGGAGCAUCUAGCUGACCUGCAUAAAAUAACUAUAUGGUGCACAGCUUUGAGGUGAAAUCAGAAAUACUUGAUGAAGUUUUUCUGCUAUCCUAUAUGGUAUACACAGUGGCCUAAAGAAUACAAAGUUUAUUUGUCCUUCUUUUCAUAGAAAUGUAAUAUGUAGAGAGAUUCUUUUGUAGAAUGGAAUUA